UUCCGUGCAUAUCUGAAUGUCGUCUGCUAAUAAUAAUAUAAUCGUAAUAUGAAUACGUUAUGAAACGUUCAUAUAAAGGCGAUGACAUGUAAAUACAUAUGAACUUUAAAGAAGCUCCCUCUGUUAGAUGUACGUUACAAAUCAUUACAUACGACGAUGCAGCUGGAUAUAUCAACGAUUUCUAUUUUAUUUGCAUCGGUAUCAAGUGUUUUCAGUGUGCCUAAAGAAGGAUGGAGAGAAAUUUCUGUUGGUUUAGAAAGGGCUAAUGGAUCUGCGUUCACAGCGGCAGUCUAUCUUGGUGUUAAAUACAUUAGCAUGUUAAAAGCAUACGAAAAAAUAGAUACAGACCAAGACUCGGGCGACCUCUACUGGGUAUCAUUUUUAGCAGAAUCUAAGGAAGGAGAACAUCAAGAAUGUCAGGGAAAAGUUCUGUGGCCACCUGCCGGUAUUAGGAUAGUUAAAAGUGCAAGUUGUGGACCUGUUACACAGUGAAGAUACACAGAUGUAAAGAUUAACGAUACAUGAAGAUAAUUUUCAUGUGGCGACAAAUUUUGUCUAUAACUAGUGAACUCGAAAGGAACAGUUUAUGAUGUCAUUGAAAUUGCAAAAAGAAUUUUAAAACAUACCUGUAUCUCUGAAAUCAUAGUCGAAAGACAAACUUUGUAAAAUGAUUAAUCAUAAAUUCAUAAUAAAUUUUCAGAAUUG